AUGUCACUCCGCAAAAGCUUAUACACACACUACAAUCGGAAUUCCUCGUCCACGACAAGUUUCCUUAAUUAUGUGGAUCAAGGAACUGGAGAAAAGCACUGGGUCAGAGAUUGGUACGAUCCUCCUAAGGUGUCCAAGGAAACAAACCUUCUGCCUAAACAACAGGGUGGACUUAUGACGAGGCAUACAUCAGGCCUGAUAACUCCGAUGGAGUCAACUCCACAACCCCAAUCUUCUGUUUCUGUGUCGCAAUCUCAAACGCCUCAGCCUGUGGAGACUUAUGGAUUCAAAGUGAAGACUUGGGUGAUAACUGAUGAGUUGGUGGAUAGAAAAGACUGCCAAGACGAUGAAACUGACACUUUUAUUCCUUUAUCAGCUCACAAGUAUAUGGCUGAAGAUACCACAGUGAAGCAAUCUACAGGUGGAGAGUCUGGAUUGACUGAAGCAGAAAUGAAGUCUGCUGUUGGUGGUCCUGGUGUUUCCAACAGUUUGUUUUCCAGUAGUGCUGCGCAGGAGUUUAAGCAGAAUGGGGAGUCUUCUGUGGCUGUCGCUGCUACUUUGGAUGCUUCUGCUACUCCGGCUGUCGCUGCUACUUCGGAUGCUUCUGCUACCCCGGCUGUUCCUGCUAUUUCGGAUGCCUCUGCUACUGCUGCCUCUGCUACUGCUGCAUCUGCUACUCCUGCAUCUGUUACUCCUGCCUCUGCUACUCCUGCAUCUGCUACUCCUGCAUCUGCUACUCCUGCAUCUGCUACUCCUGCAUCUGCUACUCCUGCUGUCGCUUCCUCGGUGAAUGUCACCGAAAAAGACAUUGAUGGAGAUGUCGAUAUGCAUUAA